UAAUUGUACUCGACCGGAAGUCGUAACGCGGUCUGCACCAGUCAAGAUGGCGGACGAAGCCAAUUCAUUUGAUGAUUUUGAGCAGAUUGAUUUUUUACGGGACAGACAUGUUCGCUUCUUUCAGAGGUGCCUUCAGGUGCUACCGGAAAGAUACGCUUCAUAUGAAACUAGCAGGUUGACAAUUGUAUUCUUCGCCCUGUCUGGACUUGAUGUUCUUGAUGCCUUGGAUGCUGUGGACAAGCCUGGUUUGAUUGAGUGGAUCUACUCAUUACAAGUUUUACCCACGGAAGAUCAAUCUAAUCUUUGGCGCUGUGGCUUCCGGGGAUCAUCACACAUCGGAGUUCCAUACAAUGCCUCAAAGGGCCCUGGAACUGCUCAUCCAUAUGACAGUGGCCAUGUGGCUAUGACCUACACUGGCCUGGCCUGUCUCAUCAUUCUGGGAGAUGACCUGAGUCGGGUCAGUAAGGAGGCCUGUCUGGCGGGUUUGAAAGCCCUGCAGCUGGAGGAUGGAAGUUUCUAUGCCGUGCCUGAGGGAAGCGAGAAUGACAUGAGGUUUGUUUACUGUGCUGCAUGUAUCUGCUACAUGCUGGACGACUGGUCAGGAAUGGACUGCGCAAAAGCCAUCGAUUACAUCAGAAAGAGCAUGUCCUAUGACAAUGGCAUCGGACAAGGUGCUGGACUGGAGUCUCACGGUGGCUCGACAUUCUGCGCCAUAGCCACGCUGUGUCUGAUGGGUAAAUUAGACGAGAUGUUCAGCGAGCGUGAACUGAACCGAAUGCGCAGGUGGUGCAUCCUCAGACAACAGAACGGUUUCCAUGGACGCCCCAAUAAACCUGUGGAUACGUGUUACUCAUUCUGGGUUGGAGCAACACUGGAGCUACUUGAUGUAUUUCAAUACACCGAUUUUGAGAAGAACCGGAACUACAUCAUGUCUACUCAAGACAGUUUGGUCGGUGGAUUUGCCAAAUGGCCAGACAGCCAUCCAGACCCUCUGCACACCUAUUUUGGCAUCUGCGGCCUGUCUCUGAUAGGCGAGCCUAGUCUUCUGAAGGUGCACCCGGCACUCAACAUCAGCCACAGAGCCUUCGAGUGCAUGCAGCAGCUGCACCGGACGUGGAGGGAGAGCUGCACAUGACAGCAUGACACAAAUAUACACAACCACAGCAGCCUCUGAACCACGUGCAAAGACGCACCUCGUCCCUCUGAACCCAGCCGCAUUAACCUUUAGCAGUAGAUAGAAACCAAGCUGAAUACAGGCCGUCUCCAAUAAUGGAGGCAUUGAGGAGACGAUGAAUAAAUAAUUGGGUCCAGCCUAAUCAAUUAUUGAACGUGAAACCUUCAGUCGCUGCUCAACCCAUGCAAAACCGUCGUUUGGGUCUCUCAUGUAUCAACAACACGUAGUGCUCCUGAUCCACCAAGGAUUCCUCUUAAUGAGCUGUAAAUCAGGUGAUUUGUUAGACAGUGGUUAGAUUCUUGUCACGUUUCAUUUUUCUCCGUUUAUUUCCACGCUUUUGUUCGCUUUCAGUAUGUUCCGCCGCACUAUAUCCAACGCUCAUUAGAAUAACAUCCAUUGGAAUAUCCAUUCACGCAAAAUGUCCUUAUAAAAUGUACUUUCAACUAUUCUUUGUUGCAAUCCUGUGAUCUCCAAUAAUGUUUGUAUUUAAAACUUAUUUUUUCUUGUUUGUAUUAAAGGGAAAGUUAUUGCAUUGUUUUAGUAAUUUAGAAUACUGUUUCUCCUCAGUGAACGUGCCUCAGAUAAACAACUAUUCAAUCAAUAACUCCAACCCCAAGUUGAUGCAAAUUGACGUCACUUCUCAAGAAAAAAGACACUCGAAUGUGUUUCAGCGAAAUUGGAGAAUUUAUUUUUUCUAUGCCUAUAUUUAAAAAAAACACAAAAAAAACCAAUAUUCGAGAUAUAAAACAAGCAAAGCCUUUCUAUAAUAAUGAAAUGUCAAUACUGUAAAUUACAACUGAAAUGUGAUGAAUAAAUAGCUGUCUUUUAUGUGAGAAGAAUGUUUAUAAAUGUGCCUGUAAGGCAGUGCAUAUUUAAAUGGAAACUAAAUAAAGUAUUAAAUUUCUGUUUA